AUGGAGAGUCCGUCUUCGACGUUUGUGUCAUCAGUUCAGUCUGUGUCGGCGCCCACGUCGCCGACAUUGGCAGACCUGCGCAAAGGUGCUGACGGGGUUGGGCCUAAGAGAUCCAAGUCCAACUCCAAGUCAUCCAGCCGCCCCGGUCCUGUCCGCAGAGUGGACUCGGAUGGCUGCCGUACGCGUGCGUCAAGCAUCUCCAGCAAGAGCAGCCACGCCACUGUGCAGAGCCUUAUGGCCUUCGCAGAACAGAGCCCUUAUGAGUUUGAGCAGUCCAUUCUGUUACUCAGGCUUGCUGACUCUGUGAAGAACGAGGCAGAAGACCGUGCACGUUCGACUGUAACCAAAGGCAGGUCGCGUUCCCGGCAUGGAACAGGCGAGUCUUCCGACUGGCAGUCUGAGCGCAAGUCAACGAAGACAAGAACGGCAGACUCAUGUGACUUCAACAAGCUGAGUUUGCCGAGGGGAUGCAAUUGCAUUCUCUCCAUCUAA